GCUUGUCUCAACCUCCUGUGCUGGGAGGCUUACCUUAUGUAGAAGACAUUGAAACCAAAUGCUGAGGAGUCACGGCUGACAUCCACACAUUGCUCUACACAGAAAAUGCAGCAUUCUAAGAGUGCGGUGGGCCGCUGGUCUGGAUUAGCUAUCACUCAGUUUUUCUUAUCAUAGGUAGAGGAAUGAAAACCUGUUGCAGUUGAGCCCAUCAACAUCAGUAGUUGAGACUUAAACCAUACCUGAACUUUGAGUGAGAUCCUUUUCCUAGUGUUGUCAGUCUGAGAAGCCAGCCUCCAUGGGAAAGCUUAAGCAGAGUAUACUCACCCAUGAAAUUUGGAUUUUGCUGCAUUCAAACAGAGAAUAUCAACAGUAUUCCACUGUUAGAUGAUUGACUACAGAAUGGAAGGAAACAGAAGACAGAAGCCUUUAUCUGAAUCUUUCUUUGCUUAAAGAAUCCAUCAGGGAUGCUGAUUCUCAGGAGCCUGGCACCUCAAAGGAUGCAAGUGCUUCAAAUGGACCUGUCCGAAGACUACUGGUGCACGGUCCGAUAAAGUUAAGAACGGGUGAUAAGAAAACAAAGCGUCAGGCUUUUUUGUACAAGGAUGAGCUGAAGAUAUCUAACAUUCGGUACGGCAAAAAUAUUUACUACAAACAUGUAAUCCCUGUCAAUGAAAUAUGGAUUUCCAAAUGCAUUGUUGAGGAAGGUGAUACCAGUGCCUCCAGGUGCCUGAAUAUUGGGUGGCCAAUGGUCAACUACAGGGCCAAGUUCUUCUCCCGGACAUUCAUGGAAAAAUGGGAACGCUUGCUGGACAGGUGUAUAACUGAGUCGAAAGAGAAAGAUCAAAAGCAGACCACACUUCUGCAGAUAGAAUCACUCACCGAUAGCAACAUUCCUUAUUCUGGAAUUAUAACAGUUACCAAUUUAGACACCGUGAAUGACGUUAUCCAUAUGGCACUACCAGUGCUAGGAUUAAGUGGCUCAGAAACGGACUACCAAAUGUGGGUCUAUUCAAACCAGAGAAAGAACUCUUACCCACUCGUCGGGUAUGAAUGUCCAUAUGCUAUUCAAGCAAGCUACCAUCGAGCUGCUCUUCAUAAUCAUGAACCAGGGAAGUCCACCUCCACCCUGAGCAUGGAGGAUCCUGUUCUGGACAUCUUGUCUGAUGGAGGGAUCCAGUUUGUUUUGAAGCCCAGGCACAUGGCUGAAAGGCUGCACCGCUGUGGCUUUCCCACGAACUGGCUGUGUUGCUGGGGCAUUACCAGAAGCCAUAAUGACGUGCCCCAGGACGCCGCUCCUGCUCUUUCAGUGCCAACAUUCCUGAGAGUGUCUGGUGUGGAGGACCUGAUGCUCACGCUUUGGGAGUUGAUCCGCCUUAUCAAGCAGAAAGGGCCAAAGACAGAGAAUAUUUUUCAAAAAGUUGGUGACCUAAAGUCAUUUAUAGCCCUGAAGGAAAGAUUCAAUACAGGAGAUAGAGGCGACUGGGGCAAUGAAUCGCCACUUGUGUUAGCAACACUAUUAAAGGAUUGCCUUCGAGCCUUUCCUAACACCCUGUUUUCAGCUGACCUCUAUGAUCAGUGGCUGAAUGUUCUUGAUGAAGGCAAUGACGAGGAGGCCAGAGACAUCCAGAGGCUUUUAGCCCAUCUGCCCAGAGCUAACGCAGCUGUCCUAAGACACUUGUUUUCAUCAUUAUAUGCAAUCUCACGUAAUGCAUCAUACAAUCAAAUGACUACAUCAAAGUUAGCUUUGUGCAUCACCCCGAGCCUUCUGUGUGUCUGGCGAUCUACUUCAACAAGCCCAGCCCUCGAAGGCGAAUUGAGGAGAAAGAUUUCCCUUGUGGAGUUUAUGAUUGCAAGUUAUCCCAGAAUAUUUGGAGAUGACCAGAAGUCUAAGAAGAGCUGUAUGAAUUCCAAAAGAAACUUUGGAGAGAGCAGCCGGCAAGUCAUCGCCACUGCGGGGCAGAGUGCUGCCGGCCUAGGCCUUGUGUAUACUUCUGUGGAACUGUAG